GAAGAAGAAGAUAACUUCCCACCUGUGCGUUUCGCGCUCACUGAAGAAGGUGAACCUCUACAUGCGUGUGCUGCUUUUGUAUCGUACUUGGGACGUUUGUCUGUUUGCACGCGAGCCGAACCGGACGGAGCGGUGGUUCGAGCGGAGAAGAGAGGAAGACGGCGGCGCAACUGCUGUGGUGCGGUUAACUUAAUCUGGGGCGGUUUGUGAGCAGUGAAGACCAGUCAGAUGGCUGUACAACAGAAAUUUACCAUGAGGGUUAUUGUCUCUGAAGGAGAUAUAAGAAAGUUGACGAUGACCAAGCGACCAGACACACUUGAAGAUUUGACAGGCAUGCUCAGAGAUACUCUUCAAGCAAACUACACAUUCGUCCUACAAUACCAAGACCCUGAAUUUGACAACGAACUGUGUAACUUAACAGAUCUCUCUGAGCUCCCAGAGAAGCCAACCAUCAAAAUCAUCCCAUUAAUUGAGCUUGUACCAGUUACUCCACAAACUGAAUCAUGUAGUGACACAGGCAGCCAGGCAGACACCGAUAUCCUGUCCAAUUCCUCUCUGGACAGAAGUUUUCAGUGGCCAGAGAUAUUUGAAAUUCCCAAAUUUUCUGUUGAUGUAGAGUACCGACUCCGUCAGGGUAACCUGUUGUAUCUCAGAGAUGCAACUUAUCUCAAAAUGACAAAAGAGCUGAAACAUGACAUCCUUGAGAAACUGGCUGAGACCAUGUAUGCAUUCAAAGCAUACCCAACCAAGCGAGAGUUUGAAGAUGUUGCAAAAGCUUUAGUACUAACACAUCCUUGUCUUAAAGAAUCCGGGUCAUCCUCCUGCUAUGAUGGGUGGAAAAAUUGUUUGAAGUUCAAGAUGGGUAAUUAUAGAACCAAAAUGCGCCAGCUAGGUAGACUUGAUGUCACUGUUAACGGUGGUAAACGGGGAAGGUACUCUACAGAUCGUGACCCUCCCAACAAAGGCAUCAAAAAGCCAAGGAAAGGUGAAAUAAACUUUCUGCCCGAAUAUCCAGAAGGAAAGGAUGACCACAUCCUCGAAGAAGCUCGUCAGGUUCUGGUUACAGAAAUGAUGAAGACGAAGCAGAAUGCAUCCCUUGUUAUGAAAGAGAUGGAUGUGACAUUUGCACUUCGGAGAAAAGAAGUUGUCAAAAACAAGCCUCCCAUCGACCAGAUGUUACAGCGAUGGCCAGCUCUUUUCACAGAAAGCCAGGUCUUUUGUGAGUUCAACAGAGUGGUGGGGAAGGGUCUCAGAGAGAACUUCUUUGAUGCACUUGACCGUUUCUCUCCAAGCCUGAUGGACCUCUUUAGGAAAAAGAGGGGCCUCACCGGCCAGAUUUUGACUGACCUUCUCCAUAAGACAAAGGUCAAUGAGCCAACACACAUAAGGUGCCUCAUUCUUCGGGGAUUGCCGAUAAUCUUGGGGGAUGAUCCCAGUGCAUUCUUCAGGAACUGCUCUGAUGUAAAUGAGAAUGGACUUUACAGUCAAACUGCAGUGGGAAUCCUCUGCAUGGAUGAGGAAAAUUCUACUCAACUCAACCCAUCCAAAGUAGGGAUCAUCUUGGAAGGGAGCGUGGUGAUGGAAGACCUGGCGAACCUACCGCAGGCCUUCUGCCUUCUUUUUGGACUAAUCUAUGCCCUGCACCUCGAUUACCCGAAGUAUAUGAAAAACACUUUCAUAUUUGUUCAGCAGGUAAUGCUCGACCUUGGAAGAAGUGAGCUGACACCAAAAAUCCAAACUUUAAAAAAUCAGCUUGCAUUGUGAAACUGUUUUUUUUCUGCUACGUAAAUGUAACGCAGAUAUAAAUGUUUAAAGUUUACACAUGUAGGAAUACAUGUUUGCAGUUUUGCACAGUUUUAUGGCAUUUUGUACAGCUUUACGGCAUUUUGCACUGUUAUGGCAUUAGACAUGUAGGAAUACAUGUUUGCAGUUUUGCACAGUUUUAUGGCAUUUUGCACAGUUUUAUGGCAUUUUGCACUGUUAUGGCAUUAGCACUGUUUUGAUGGUAUUUGCCGUGCUUAUUUUUUGAUAUUUGCACUCUAACCCGCUGGCGUGAGAAUUCUUCCAGAAAUCAAAGUACUUUUAUAUGCUAAUUUACGCCAAGGCGGUAGUUGUACUUCUUUUUGCGGUGCCCCUGCGUGCGCACUGAACGCCUCUCACGAGUCGUUAUUCCCACAUGUUACAUACUUUAAUCUGAGUUCUGAAUGAAAAUGAUAAUUUUAAAAGGUAUUGUGUACCUUUUUUAUUGUAUGUUCAAAUGA